ACAGCUGAUCGGCCGCGGGCAGACUGAGCCGGUCGGACAGCGCGAAGCUCCCGGAAAAAAACGGAAGAGAACUCGACGCCGCGCUGUCUGUCCCAAUCGUGGGUAGGAAUUGUCGAAUCGAGCUCUAACUCAGAGUCAGAGCGACCAUGGACUCUGAAUCGGACGAUCUUUACGAUAAGAAUCCAGAGCUCGUGCAACGACUGUCUGAAAGAGGAGCUACUCUGGUGAUCUUGAAUCUGCCCAUUGGAUCUGAAUUCGGUGUCGAUAUGAAGCAGUGGGAGAUCGGGGAAAGGUUCCGCGGUGUGAAGAUGAUACCCGUAGGCGUCCAUUUCAUCUACUUCAGUAACGCCCUCAACGGCAGCGUAGCGCCGAGAACCGGCUUCUUCCACAAUUUCAUCGAGAGAGAAACAGUGGUGUACGAAUGGAACCCCAGAGACGAGAUGUUGGAAGAAAUCAGAGACCCCGAGCAAGUUGAGCGCUUCGUAGCCGACAGGCGAAACUUGGACCGACAUCUAGGUCCUUACCCAUAUGAAACGUAUCGUCAUUGGUUGUCUUUGACCGAAAAACUCACCGCUGCAGUAGUUCAGAGGGUCCAGCCCGAAGACGGCUACAUUUAUUCGGUUCAGCAGUUGAUACCACAAAAGUAUCCGCCCGAAAAACCAGCAGCAGGGGCGGAGGACCAGGGAUUACCGGACAUGAAAGAAGAGCCUAAGAGCGCCCUACGAUUGACUCCGAUUCCCAUCAGAAGACAUCCCGAGGGAGCUACAGCUGCUCAAAUCACGCAGUACGGCAUGGAUGGGAGUUAUGUGCUCCGAGUUAUGUUGGACAGCGUGGGCACAGAGAAUCUUCUCGGUAAGAUCGAUUAUCGGCUCCUUCGGGAACUUCAAUUCGCCUUCAUCGUUUUCUUGUGCGGUCAACGUUUCGAGGGAUUCGAGUGUUGGAAGAAACUUGUGCGCGUGAUCUGCUCGGCUGGAGCAGCCAUGGCUGCGAGCCAGUUGGAAACCUUCUACCUGAACUUCAUCUCAAUACUGCAUUUCCAGCUGAAAGAAGUUCCCAAGGACUUCUUCCUCGAUAUCGUGUCCCGGGAAAACUUCUUGACGGAUACUCUAAGCACAUUCUUCCGCAAUGUACAAGACUCUGCCCCGGAGGGCGGAGCAUUACGGAGGAGAGCAGAACGCUUCCAAUCGCAUCUGACGCGUUACUUCAAAUGGGAUUUUGACCAAGAAGCCGAAGAAGAUCUACCUCAGAUCGUUGAGGUGGAGUGAGAUACCUCCCGGUGGCAGCAUGGUCAAAUGAAUGACAUACCCUACAGUAUCAAGGAUGAGACCGUUUCGGGAAGAGAUGUCUGAAAAACAAAUGUGAUAGCGUCGUGCACGACCCUCUUCGUACGAUCUGGUGACGAGAGUUGGACACA